AGAGCCAGAUAGGCCAUGCCGCGGAAGAAGCCUUUCAGUGUGAAGCAGAAGAAGAAACAGCUGCAGGAGAAGCGCGAGAGGAAACGAGGGCUGCAGGAUGGGGUACGCUCCAGCUCUAGCAGCCGCAGCGGCAGCCGGGAGCGGAAGGAGAAUCAGACUGACACCUCUGAUGGGAAAUCUAUAACCCAGCAGAUUCGUCGUCUCAACCAGCAGCCAACCCAGGGCCUUGGCCAUAACUAUGACCCUAAUAGAUACCGAUUACACUUUGAAAGAGAAAGCCGGGAAGAGGUGCAGCGGAGAAAGAAGGCUGCUCGACAACAAGUGUUGAAACCAGUCAGUGAAAAAUCUCUGGAGCUUGACAUUGGAGACAUCUACCGUCCAGGCUCUAACUUAGACUUUCCCCGUCGCCCGAGUUGGAACUAUGAGAUGUCCAGGGAGCAAUUGAUGAGCCAGGAAGAACGGAGCUUCCAGGAGUAUCUGGACAAGAUCCAUGGGUCCUACACCUCUGAGCAGCUCAGCUACUUUGAACACAACCUAGAGACUUGGCGGCAGUUGUGGCGUGUGCUAGAGAUGUCUGACAUUGUCCUCCUCAUCACAGAUAUACGUCAUCCAGUCAUCAACUUUCCCCCAGCCUUAUAUGAGUAUGUGACAGGGGAGCUAGGGCUGUCACUGAUACUAGUGCUGAACAAAGUAGACCUAGCUCCCCCAGCUCUUGUCAUAGCCUGGAAGUAUCACUUUCGCCUACACUACCCCCGGGUCCACAUUGUUCUUUUCACAUCUUUCCCUCGGGACCCCCAAACCCCAAAGGACUUAAAGACUGUCUUGAAGAAGCGCCGGAAGCAAGGAAGGAUUUGGACUCGUGCCCAGGGACCAGAACAAUUGCUAAGGGCUUGUGAGACCAUUACUGCAGGAAAAGUGGACUUAAGUAGCUGGAAAGAAAAGAUGGACCGGGAUGCAGCUGGAGCAAGUCGGGACACUGGCUUAGGGGAGGAAGAAGACGAUGAAGAAGCAUCAGCAGUAUUGGUGGAACAGCAAACAGAUGUUACUCUGGAACCAACUGGCCCUAACCGGGAGCGAUAUAAGGAUGGAGUUGUGACUAUUGGCUGUGUGGGUUUUCCUAAUGUGGGAAAGUCAUCCCUGAUCAAUGGGCUGGUCGGGCGGAAAGUGGUGAGCGUUUCCAGGACCCCUGGCCAUACCCGUUACUUUCAGACAUAUUUCCUCACACCCACUGUUCGACUUUGUGACUGUCCUGGCCUUAUCUUUCCUUCCCUGCUGCCCCGACAACUACAGGUUCUGGCUGGGAUCUAUCCUAUUGCUCAGAUACAGGAGCCCUACACAUCUGUAGGAUACCUAGCCUCCCGAAUACCUAUCCAGACGCUUCUGCGAUUGAGACACCCUGAAGCUCAGGACUCAGGGCAUGAGCCCCCUUGGUGUGCUUGGGAUAUCUGUGAAGCCUGGGCUGAGAAACAAGGUUACAAGACAGCCAAAGCAGCUAGGAACGAUGUGUACAGAGCAGCCAACAGCCUCCUUCGACUGGCUGCUGAUGGACAGCUCAGCCUUUGUCUUCGGCCACCUGGCUACAGUGACCAGCGAGCCUCCUGGGAGUCCCAUCCAGAAACCUUGGAGCUGAUGAUGAUGCAGGGGAGGGUGGGACUGUCGGAUGAGGAUGAGAAAGAAGAGCUAAGCAGUUCGGGGGAAGAGGAAGGAGAGAAGGACCGAGAUGCUGAUGAGGAGGGUGAGGGGGAUGAAGACACCCCCACUCCUGCCCGAUCUUCAAAUCUGGCAGGCUCAAACCCCUAUGCCCUGCUGGGUGAAGAUGAAUGCUGAGUCUCCAUUCCUUAUUCCAUCGUAAGAAGACGAUGAAGAAGCACCAGCAGUAUUGGUGGAACAGCAAACACGUUACUCUGGAACCAACUGGCCCUAUCUGGGAGCUACAGAGCAUAUAUAUCACACUUUAUUAUUACUUCAGUAUUCAUAAUAAUGAUGUGAUUUCAUUAGUUGUGACACUACUUUUUACCAAUACAGAUUGGUAGAUGAUGUCUGAGAGCUGUUGCAGCUAAAAGUCAUUACUAUGAAGCCUACACAAUUAUUAGAAUCUAAAUUUAAACAAAGUUAGUCUUCAAACUUAUAGAGUCUAUUACCAGCCUCAAAUUCAAUCUUUUCAAUUUAGGAGGAAGACCUGAAAGACUUAUAUACCGCUGUCAUAACCUUCAAAUCAGUUACCUUUAUGCCACAACAAAGCAACAAAAGAGAACUUUAGUAAAAUCUUACUCAAACAAUGAAAUGGGGUUUGCAAUCUCACUGACUCAGGAGUUCUUUACCAAUAAAAAUACUUAUAGUAAGAUGUAUCCUUAUUGCUAUAAGAGGCUUAGGGUGAAUAAAAAUACCUUAGAACUUUUUGAAACAAAGUCAGUCCUCUUUUCCUCUUCUUCAGUCGUCUGUCCCAGAUAUACAUAUUGUAGGACAAGCUCCAUUGGUGGUCUAUUUAAAUGUAUGUUAAAACCUAGGCAAUUGACAUUCUUCAUCUAUUUGAUUUUUCCUGUGGAAAUUUUGUAGUUGGACUACAAAUCUCUUCCAAGACAUGCUGUAAUAUCUUUGGAUUUGAUGCUGUCCACAAAAUGUGAUCCAUAAACAGAAGCAUCUAGAA